UUGUGCAUUAUUUUUGUGACUCUAAAAACCGAUUCAAACCAAAGUUUGGAGGUCUGGGUACUGGCGUUGAAAGAAGCGCAGUGUUCAUUAUUUUUCCCGCCAUGGAAGUUGACGGCGAACAGAUCCUCCAACGCAAGCAUUCUCAGUACCAUAACUUGGAUGAAGUAUUUUUGGUGCGGAAUGAGGUGUAUAAAGGGCAACAAUACAGUCAAAUUUACUACGCAAGGCUUCAUAUAUUGAGGACUCUGCUUCAUUCUCUUGUUCCUCACUGGAAAUCCCACAUUCCUGUUUGUAAGAUUUUGGGUCUAGAAGAGGGCAAGGAAUGUAUCCUUGUAGGAACACUCUACAAGGACAUGAAACUCAAACCCUGUAUUCUUGACGAGUAUGCUAAGGAGAGGUCUUUGAUUCCUCUUGUCAAGCCGCACAAUUUUAUGCAUCCUGAUGAUCACCUGAUCCUGGAGGAUGAAAGUGGAAGAGUUAAGCUGGAGGGAGCUACACUUUUUCCUUCUGUUUAUGUGACAGGGGUUGUGGUUGCAUUUGUUGGAAAAGAAUCUGGAGCUGGGUCGUUUCUUGUUCACGAUAUCCUUGAAGCUGGCCUACCACCCCAGAUCGAGAAGCCUCUAAAGCUUGGUGAUGACAAGUAUGUUGUCUUCGUAUCAGGCUUGAGUGUUGGAAAUAGCACCUCAAACCCUCUCCAGUCCCAGCUGCUUGUGGAUCAUAUAACUGGCCAUUUAGGCGACGAAAAUGAACAGAGAAUUGCUGCAGAGAUAGUCCAUGUAGUAAUUGCUGGAAAUUCUGUAGAAUUCGCCAGAGGACUAUUUAAUGGACAGAUUACAGGAUCCAAGGAUCAAUCUAAACUAUCUGAGCCAUUUAGAGAGCUGGAUGUCUUGCUGACUCAGAUUGCUGCUGGUGUAUCUCUGGAUAUCAUGCCAGGGCCGAAUGAUCCUGCAAACUUCUAUCUACCACAGCAGCCUUUAAAUAGAUGCCUUUUUCCCGGGUCUUCAGUUUAUAACACCUUUAGGUCUUGUACUAAUCCUCAUUCCUUUGAGCUUGACAGUAUCAGAUUUAUUGGGACAUCAGGCCAGAAUAUUGAUGAUCUUGAAAAGUAUUCAGAAGCUAAAGAUAAACUCGAGUUCUUGGAAAGGACGUUGAGAUGGAGGCAUCUUGCUCCAUCUGCACCCAACACUCUAGGGUGCUACCCAUUUACAGACAGGGAUCCUUUUGUAAUUGAGAGUUGUCCUCAUGUUUACUUUGUCGGCAAUCAGGAUAAGUACGAAAGCCGUUUAAUCAAAGGAUCAGAAGGUCAAAUGACACAACUUAUUACCAUUCCAAAAUUUUGCGAGACAGGAGUUGCUGUCGUGCUUAAUUUGAGAAAUCAGGAGAGCCAUGCUCUGAGUUUUGGGACUCAAUUCAGCUUGUAACUGUGAAUCAUGAGUUUCAGGGUCAGAAAGUUAUUUAUCAACCAAGCAGGGUACUAUGGACCUUUGUACAAUGUGGAGGUUGCAGACUGCAGUAGGCGGUAGCUUCUUUGUUGGGCAUCUAACAGCAAAAGUUGAGCCUAGUAUCUUAUGUCCAUAACUAAAAUGUCUAUAAUAAUAUCGAUAUUGAAGGAUAUUGAUCCCAACCACGAUGCAGACACCAGCACGAUGCAGCCACCAGCUGGUGGCUGUUAUGUAUGGGUUUCUGACUACCUAGUCCUUGUAUAAUGGUAGUCUUAGGUAAUCUUGUGUUGUGCUCCUAUGUAUCUUAGCGGCUUAGCCUUAGUUAUUUAGAAGAGGUACUCAAAGAUGCUUUCAUUACAGAUUUCCUGUUAUCACAAUUUUUCGUCAUUAUUAUGUCAGUCUUUCCCCUGCGUGUUUUCUUCGUCUUAAA